GUGAAGAAAGCGAUUCCGGCGUAUCGCACGUAAAAACAAUUAAUAAUAAUAAACUGUAACAUGAUAAGCGUAUGCAUUAUUGGGGCUGGAACAGCAGGCCUUUGCUGUGCCCGACACUCCAUUGAGAACGGCUUUCGGACGACUGUAUUUGAACUAUCUGACCGAAUCGGCGGAACCUGGGUUUACAAUGAGGCAACAGGUGUUGUUAAUGGCAUCGAUGUUCACAGCAGCAUGUACAAAAAUUUACGCACUAAUCUUCCCAAGGAAGUCAUGGGUUUUCCGGACUUUGAAAUUGGCCAACAGGAAGCUUCCUAUGUAAGAUCCGACGAAAUUUGUGAUUUCCUUAACCAUUACGCCGACCACUUUGAACUAAAAAAGCAUAUAAAGUUUAACACCUAUGUUAUUCGAGUUGUGCAAAGGAAUUCCAAGUGGCAGGUCCUGUUCAAAGAUGUUGUUACAAACAAGAUUGAAUUCCAAUACUUCGAUAAGGUUAUGGUGGCAAACGGGCAUUACCACACCCCAAACUAUAGUAAAAUUCCAAAUAUGAAUCGUUUUAAGGGCAGUUACAUGCACAGCCACGAUUUCAGAAGUAGAGAAGUUUUUGAAGGUAAAUCGGUUCUUGUUAUUGGAGCUGGGCCAAGUGGCAUGGACCUAUCUAAUAUCAUUUCCCGAUCGGCGGAACGAGUUACUUUAAGUCACCACUUGACUGAUAUUGGAGAAAACAUAUUCUUUGACAAUGUGCAGCAGAAACCCGAUGUUCGGGAACUGGAUGAGAAGGGAGCCGUUUUUGUAGAUGGAUCCUACGAGCAGUUCGACAUUAUUUUCUUUUGCACAGGAUAUAAGUAUGCCUUCCCAUUUCUGACAGUUAAUUCUGGGAUCUAUGUCGAGGACAACUACGUUCAGGAGUUGUAUAAGCAGUGCAUUAACAUAAGAAACCCAUCGAUGGCGUUGAUUGGUUUGCCGUUCUACGUCUGUGCCGCCCAAAUGAUGGACAUUCAAGCUAGGUUUAUCAUGAGCUACUACAACGGAUGCAAUAAGCUGCCAUCGACAGAGGAAAUGCAGAAGGACACCCAAGGAAAAAUGGCCAAGCUUUGGGAAGCGGGCUACAGGAAACGUCAUGCUCAUAUGCUCGGUCCUAAACAAAUUAACUAUUUCUCGGACCUGGCGGAAACUGCUGGAGUAAAAAACAUUAAAGCAGUUAUGACAAAGUUACAUAACGAAAGCAGCAAGUGUUUCAAUGAGAACUUGCUCCACUUUAGGGAGGACAAUUUUAAAAUUGUGGAUGAUGAAACGUUUGUCAAAACAAAUUAGCUAUUUUGAAAACUAUAUCAAAAAAGUUUCAACAAUUUUGUUUAAUACUGUAACGUAAUACAUAAAUUAAACUAACUACUUUCUCUCAACAUAUUUUUAUUAGUUUUC